AAUUUUAUUCUCUCUAAAAGCAAAGCACCCAACUAUGACAAAAACAAGCUGACUUUUCUUCUCCCUUUCUGCUUCUAACCAAAGCAACCCAUCUCUGACUCUCCCUCCAACCAAACCAACCCAUCUUCUCUCUCUGCCUCUCCCUCUAUGGCCUUCUUCAAUCACAGAAAAUUGAUGUCAGAUUCUGUCAACGUAACCGAUCAGAUAGAAGAAUUACGGUGUACAGGUGCUUGCUAUCGAGCAGAAUCAGGCUAUGAAGGCUAUUAUAAUUAUUAUUGUACCCCAUUAAGAUGUCUCGCUCUGUGUUCUGAUAUCUGUCGCAGUGUCUUCCCGUCUCUAAUUCCACCACCACCACCACCAACUUCAGAUGAUAAUCCAAACAGACACCACACCCUCUCUCUCCCUCUCAUCCUCUCACUGGCCAUCCUUGCCGCCACUUUCUCUCUCUUCAUCACCUACACCUUCUACAAGUACUACACAGCUCGGAACAGCAACAGAUCAGCAGAGAGAAGAGGGAGAUCAGAUCCAGAGACGGAUCUGGAAGAGACCCACGAUCACUUUCUCGAUGAAGAUCAUGGGCCCUUCGUGGACCACCCCAUCUGGUACAUCAGGACCGUUGGUCUCCAGCCGUCGAUCAUCAAUUCAAUCACGGUCUGCAAGUACAAGAGAGGGGAUGGACUUGUGGAAGGAACAGAGUGCUCUGUUUGCUUGAGUGAGUUUGAGGAAGACGAGACCCUCAGGCUCUUGCCCAAGUGCAACCAUGCCUUCCACAUACCUUGUAUUGACACUUGGCUCGGUUCACACACCAAUUGCCCGAUGUGCCGCGCGGGAAUCGUCCGAACAGCACCGGUCACGCCCUCGCCGGAGCCUAAUCUCGACCACCCGGAGGUUUUGGAAGAAACCCAUGUGGGAAUUCCAGAGGAUGACAGUGAAUCGGUUAGGGAUAGAGAAGAUUCAACUUGUGAAUUGAGAAUUGGGAUUGGGAUUGAAGAAGAAAGUGUUGAGAAUGAGAAUUCAAAAGCAGAAGUGGGCACUAGUGAAUCUAGUGAUCGUGUGGAAGUGGAUGAUGAGGUUCAACCAAUGAGAAGAUCAGUUUCUUUGGAUUCUUCAGCAGCUGCAAUGAUCAGUUUUGCUGUAAAUAACUGUAUUCCGACACAAUCUGGUGAGAAUUCAAAUACCCAAUUGGUGAAAUUGAAAGAAUCAAACUUGGGUUUUGUUCCAAAGAGAAUUGAUGUGAAUCAGAGCUUGUUGAGAUUAGUGGGUAGUUCUUCAAUUGGGAGAUCAUUGCAAAACGGGCCUGUUUCAAUGAAGAGAUCACUGUCCUGCAGUGGGAAGGUCUUUUUGUCAAGAUUCAACCGGAGCCGGAGUCGGAGCCGGAGCCGGAACUUAGUUCUUCCUUAAUGAAGUUUUUGAUUUGAUUUUCAGGUUCUCUGAAACUCUCAACAAGCUGAGAGUUUACACUUUCCACAGGUUUCUUUUUUAAUACAUGAUAUGGUUUUAUAAUAAAGUCUUUUGAUGAUGAUGGACUGUAUGAUAAGAUAGGGAAAAAUUGGGGCUGAUCCAAAAAUAUAAAGUCUCAAUGAUGGUUUUGUCUGAAUUUGUCACAGUUUCAUGGUUUCUAAAGAGAAACAGAAAAAUUGUAAUUAACAGUUUGGUUUCUAUGAAAUGAUCCUUUAUGUUUUUUA